AUGAGCGAUUCAAAGAAAAUAUUAAACUUGCCUGAUAUUGAUACCUCUCAACCAGAUACAUUUGAAACUCCAGAUGUACCUGAUACUUCAAGUGUUAAUAUUCAAGAACCAGAAUUAGUCAAUGAAAAUAUUGAAAGAGUAUCAUUGGUACCAUCAAAGGCACAUUCAAAGUUUGCAAAUAGAAAGUUUAAUAAUGAUGGGGAGGAUUUCUCUGAUUCUAUCUAUAAGAAGAAUAAUCGUGUUGCCAGCAACAAGAGAAUUCAAGUUGGCGCUCCACUCUUGGCCAAUCAAACAGAGUUUGAUAUGCUUCCCAAUGGUCAGGAAAAGGAAGAGUCUGCCAUGCAAAAGUUCCAAAGAUUGCAAUAUGAAGUAAGAACAUUCAGAGAAGAGAUGCAAAGUGUCGUAGACUCUUCUGCCGACAGCGAGGUUGAAACUGGUAUCAAAGCAGUUGAAUUGACUCACCAUCUUGCCGAUCUCCAAAGUCAAUUAUCUUUAUUGUUGGAUAAUGAAAAAUUAUUACCAAUCCUCGAUGAAAAUAGACAAGUAUUACAUUAUAAACAACUUCAAAAUGAAUCAUCUAAAUUAUUGGCAUCAAAUAUUAAAUCAUUCACAUCAUCUAAUCAACAACAACAACAACAAGAGGGAUUGUCAUCUGCAUCUGUACCAUCAUCAUCAUCAUCAUCAACUGCAGACAAUCAUGUAAAAUAUGAAUUAUACUAUUCUGGUGAUCAAGCAAAAUACCAAAAACUUCAAAGAAUGGUAGAUUUGGAUAAAAGAUUAGCAAAUAUUGAAACUUUGGUUGGAAGUAAAUCUGAAUUAUCAAUACCACUUUGUCAAUCAUUGGUAGAAAUUAGAGAUAAAUUGAAUUUAUUGGAUUCGACAAAGAUUGAUGUAUUAAAUGUAAAGUUGAAAAAUACAAUGAAACAAAUGGAGACACUCAAGACUCAAGAUGAAUCAACCACCAAGGCAUUUACAACCAAUGAAAAGAAGAUUGCUGAAAUGUUUGAUACCAUGAAUCGUUGGGAUCACAUUAGUUCACAAUUACCAUCGAUCAUUAAUAGAUUGUACACACUCAGAUCGUUGCACGAAGAAGGUCUUUCCUUUACCAAUCAUUUAUCCAAUCUCGAAAAGGAACAAUCAAACAUCUCUUCUUUACUCAAGACCAACAGUAGUUUAAUGAACAAAAUGGACGAUUCAUUUAAAAAUAAUAUGACCACUAUUCAAUCAAAUAUUGAAUUACUCGAAAAAAGAAUCACUGAAAUUCAAUCAAAAUUAAAUAAAUAA